CUGCCCUCCCGCCUCCAGCUCAGUCAUGGGCUCGCGCAGCUCCCACGCCGCAGUCAUUCCCGACGUGGACAGCAUUCGGCGAGAGACCGGCUGUGAGUGCGCCCGCGCCGGCGGCUGCCGAGGGGACGGGUCGAACCCAGGCGUCCGGGGCUGGGGAUCCGAGGAGGUUUAACACCGCGUAGAGGUCCCCAGGGAAGGGGUUGGGUUGAGGGAUGGACGAACUUAUUAGUCCAGGGUCCGGGGCUCCCCAGAGCUGGAAGACCAAGACCCCAGCGCCUGGGAUCGCUGGGCUCGGGGCGGGUUAACCAAGGGGUCCCAGUCUCCAAGUUUGGGGAGGAUCCACGUUCACGGGGUUGGAGUCCAGACGAAUCCAGGCCACCCAGGUGUCCUCGAGCCCGGAUCGAGGCUGAAGACAGAGCUGACAACAGAUGGAAGGGAUAGCUUCGGUACUUUGGAUUUCGGGAGGUUGCGAGCCACCUGAGUCUCGAAACUGGAUCUUUGCGGGGUCGUGUCACUCUCCCUCCACCCCGGCCAACUCCACCCUCCGGGAUGAUUGCCCCUUCCAGCCGCCCCCCGCUGUCCCCGGCCCAUCUUCCCGGCCCAUUGGGGCGGGUUUCUGGAGCGCGCCCCGCUGCGUCACCCCCCACCCCAUUCCCUCCCGCAGUCUCCCAAGCCAGCCUCGUCCGCCUGCACCACCGGUUCCAGGCACUGGACAGGAACAAGAAGGGCUACCUGAGCCGCAUGGAUCUCCAGCAGAUAGGGGCGCUGGCGGUGAACCCCCUGGGAGACCGCAUUAUAGAAAGCUUCUUUCCCAAUGGGAGCCAGCGAGUGGAUUUCCCGGGCUUUGUCAGGGUCCUGGCUCAUUUUCGCCCUGUAGAAGAUGAGGACACAGACCAAGACCCCAAGAAACCUGAACCUCUCAACAGCAGAAGGAACAAACUUCACUAUGCAUUUCAGCUCUAUGACCUGGAUCGCGAUGGGAAGAUCUCCAGGCAUGAGAUGCUGCAGGUUCUCCGCCUGAUGGUCGGGGUACAGGUGACCGAAGAGCAGCUGGAGAACAUUGCUGACCGCACGGUGCAGGAGGCUGAUGAAGAUGGGGAUGGGGCUGUGUCCUUCCUGGAGUUCACCAAGUCCCUAGAGAAGAUGGACGUUGAGCAAAAAAUGAGCAUCCGGAUCCUGAAGUGACUCUGUUUGUGCCUUGGGCUUGCUCCUGCAACCAGUAUCUGCUUGGAAUUCAUCCAAAGCCUCUGUGGACGCAGGGCACCUAUCAACUGUAUUCUUAGUUCUAACUCUAUUUAGGACCAAAGAAAGAAAGCUGGAAGGAUGUGUGCUAAAGUCUAGCUCAGCAGUCCCCAACCUUUUUGGCAUCAGGGACAAUUUUUCCAUGGAUGGGUGACGGGGGAUGGUUUUGGGAUGGUUCAAGUGCAUCACAUUUAUUGUGCACUUUAUUUCUAUUAUGAUUGCAUUAUAACAUAUAAUGAAAUUAUUAUACAACUCACCAUCAUGUAGAAUCAGCAGGAGCCCUGAGCUUGUUUUUCUGCAGCUAGAUGGUCCCAUAUUGGAGUGAUGGGAGACAAUGACAGAUCAUCAGGCAUUAGAUUCUCCUAAGGAGCGUGCAACCUAGAUCCCUCACAUGCACAGUUCGCAAUAGGGGUUGGGCUUCUGUGAGAAUCGAAUGUGGCUGCUGAUCUGACAGGAGGCAGAGCUCAGGCAGUAAUGUGAGCAAUGGGGAGUGGCAGUAAAUACUGAUGAAGCUUCAGCUCACCUGCUACUCACCACCUGUGGGGCGUCCUGGUUCCUAACAGGCCACAGACCAGAUGCCUCAUUUGGUCUCAGAGCUGUGAAUCGGCAAGCAAUCUUUUGGUUGAGAAUCACUGAAAACCCAACUCAAAGUGACUUAAGUCAGAAAGUUUUAUGAGCUCAUGUAAUUAAAAAGUCUGUAAGUAUCUGUCUUUAGUCACAGCUGGAUCCAAAGGCACAAAUGAUGUCAUCAGGCCCCAGUUAUUCUCCAUCUUCUGGCUUAGCUUUUCCUCUCUGUAAGCUUCAUUUUCAGAAAGGCUCCUUCCCAGUGGUGGAGAUGGCCACCAUCAGCCCCAGGCUUCUACCUUGCUAACCUAGUAACGCAGGGGGAAGAGAUUUACUUAUUCCAAUAAUUCUAAGUGGAGAGUAUCAUUGACCCUUUUGGGGUCUCAUCCCUACUUCUAGGGGAAUGGAAUACUCUGAUUGGCCAGGUCUGUGUCAUAUGCUAAUUCCUAGAGCCAGGGGAAUUCAGGAUGGAGUGAAAGGUGGUUGCUUAAAGGAAAGUUAAAUGCAGUUAGCAGAAGGGGAAAUGAAUGGUCUGCUCUGCUCGGGCAAAACAAGAGAUGCCCAUUAUUGUGAGGGACCCUUGAAGUCUGGCCUCUUAAGUGGGUUUUUGCUGAUUUCCUGGGUGCAUGCUAGGGUGAUGGGGCUUGAUGAGGUAGUGGAGAGAUGAUGUAAAAAUAAUAAACAAUACAUGCCUUCCUAGAGUGUGAAUGCAUUUGAAGAUUCUAAGAGUAAGCUUAUUUUCAUGUUAAGAUGUUCAAACAUUGAUGUAAGACAGAAUGGAGUAGGAAAUCCCCUAAACUGUGAAACUCUGCGUCUGCAGUAGAGUGCCCCCGAUCCCACCCCAGCUCGGGAGGGGAGGCUUUUGUCAUGCAGGUGAGGGGCUGCAGGCUGGCUGCUGGGCAGAGCCUGCUAAACGCCACCCUCUGGAUGUCAAGUCUGACAGGUGCCUGUGGAUUUGCUCUAGAGGGUCCUGAUGAGGAGCGCCUCUUCUGUGAGCAGCAGUUGACAAUUUUUACCAUCUUCAUUAUUGUUGCUGUUCGGUAUCUAUGUCCUGUGCUGUUACUCAUUGUCUGUCUAUAAAAAGACACAUUUAAAAUUUAUACGUUUGAAUUCAUAAAGGAAAUUGUAUCUCA